AAUUUGAAUGAAUGUGAGGAUUGGGUAUUUAGGAGGUUGUAUUCUCAAGAACAGAUGAUAAUGGAUUUUGCAUAUUGUGUAAAGUUAAUUAAUCCAGAUGUGAUGAUGGGAUUUAAUGAUGGUGGAUAUGAUUGGCCAUUUGUACUCAAGAAAGCUGAACGAUUAAAUUUAUUGAGAGAUUUUGUGAGUGUGAUGGGUGGAACGAAAUUUAAAGGAAGUUCGAUCAGCGAUGCGGGUUAUGAUAUCCAUGAGAAUAAUAUUAAUAUUACAGCUCAAGAUAAUGUCAGAGUGAUGUAUUUUCGUAGAUUAGGGACAUUGAUGAUAGAUGUGAUGGUAUCAUUUCGAAAGAUGUAUCCAAACUCAGAGAGAAAUUCACUCUUCCAUUUUUUGAAGAUGACAAAUCUUGAAGGAAAGAAUGAAUAUAAUGAUAUAAGUGUAUUUACAUUAUCUGCCACAUAUCGGCCUCUAAAUAAGAAUAUAUCAGUGAAUGAAUUUGUAAAUCAUAUGCGAAAGAGGGAUAUUGGAAUUGAGGCGGGUGAACGAUUUAAUUAUUAUAUUAUUCGACAUCCUGAUAAGAAUGCAAAGAUUCAUCAGAAGAUGGUUCUUGUGAAAUAUUUUGAUGAUAAGAAGAUGAAGAUUGAUAUGAAAUAUUAUAUCAAUACCCUUAUUGGAACAUUAGCACGUUUUAUUAAUCACUAUGCUCAAUUUCAAACGAAUGAUGUUGAUUAUAAGAAGAGAGAUGAGAUUAGUCAAAAGAAUGCCGAAAAUUUUUUGAGAGGUCAUGUUGCGAUGAUUGAUGAUAAGAUGACAAUUCAUGAUAUUCGUAAUUUUUUUAUUCCAGCACCAACUAAGAGGAUGAUUUUGGAGCAAGAUGGUAGAGAUCAAGAGAAACGUGUAAGAUUUGAAUGA